AUGUUAAAAGUUAGUGAAGGAAUUGAGCACGUGACUGAGGAGGAAAUUGACAUUAAACCUAAAAGACCUAAGGCUUGUAUACUGAGCAAUGCUUGUAUACUGAGCAAUGCUUGUAUACUGAGCAAUGCUUGUAUACUGAGCAAUGCUGGUAUACUGAGCAAUGCUGGUAUACUGAGCAAUGCUGGUAUACUGAGCAAUGCUGGUAUACUGAGCAAUGCUGGUAUACUGAGCAAGGCUUGUAUACUGAGCAAGGCUUGUAUACUGAGCAAUGCUUGUAUACUGAGCAAUGCUUGUAUACUGAGCAAUGCUUGUAUACUGAGCAAUGCUUGUAUACUGAGCAAUGCUGGUAUACUGAGCAAUGCUGGUAUACUGAGCAAUGCUGGUAUACUGAGCAAUGCUGGUAUACUGAGCAAGGCUGGUAUACUGAGCAAUGCUGGUAUACUGAGCAAGGCUUGUAUACUGAGCAAUGCUGGUAUACUGAGCAAUGCUUGUAUACUGAGCAAUGCUGGUAUACUGAGCAAGGCUGGUAUACUGAGCAAUGCUUGUAUACUGAGCAAGGCUUGUAUACUGAGCAAUGCUUGUAUACUGAGCAAUGCUUGUAUACUAAGCAAUGCUUGUAUACUGAGCAAGGCUUGUAUACUGAGCAAUGCUGGAAUACUGAGCAAUGCUUGUAUACUGAGCAAUGCUGGUAUACUGAGCAAGGCUUGUAUACUGAGCAAUGCUUGUAUACUGAGCAAGGCUUGUAUACUGAGCAAUGCUGGUAUACUGAGCAAUGCUUGUAUACUGAACAAGGCUUGUAUACUGAGCAAUGCUGGAAUACUGAGCAAUGCUUGUAUACUGAGCAAUGCUGGUAUACUGAGCAAGGCUUGUAUACUGAGCAAUGCUUGUAUACUGAGCAAGGCUUGUAUACUGAGCAAUGCUGGUAUACUGAGCAAUGCUUGUAUACUGAGCAAUGCUUGUAUACUGAGCAAUGCUUGUAUACUGAGCAAUGCUUGUAUACUGAGCAUGGCUUGUAUACUGAGCAAUGCUGGUAUACUGAGCAAUGCUUCUAUACUGAGCAAUGCUUGUAUACUGAGCAAGGCUUGUAUACUGAGCAAUGCUUGUAUACCAGCAUGCUGGUAUACUGGGCAAUGCUGGUAUACUGAGCAAUGCUGGUAUACUGAGCAAGGCUGGUAUACUGAGCAAUGCUGGUAUACUGAGCAAGGCUUGUAUACUGAGCAAUGCUGGUAUACUGAGCAAUGCUUGUAUACUGAGUAA